AUCCGUUUACCAACUGUCAAGUUACGUUAGUGUAAUGGCGAAUCGCGGAGGCUCUGGGAAAUUUUGUGCUGCUAAAGGCUGUCACAACAGCUAUAGGAAGCUCAAAAAUUUUCUUGAUCAAGAGUGUUAUGAUCACAAGCCAACAAUAAGAGCAGAAUGUAAAUGCCCAAGACCAUUUAAAUUGCACAAGAUGCCAUCCGACGACGACGGUAAAAGACAUUGGCUCGCAGCACUUAAUUUGAAAUGCCCGCCUCGUAACGUCCAUGUAUGCUCAUUCCACUUUGUGGACAGACAACCAACGACAGAAAAUCCAUAUCCUGAACUUUGGCUUGGAUAUGAUCGUCCAUUAAGUAAGAAGAGAAGACGACGAACGUGGCCGGACGAAGGAGCUGGUGUUAACCCAGAGCAGCAUGGAAUGGAUGAAAUGAAACCUGUAGAAGAGAGUCUUGCAUCUGUCCCCAGUCCCAAGCAAACAGAUGUUGAUGACAGCAGCUGUACAUCAAAAACCUUUACCUCUGUUGGAACACAGUGGGAAGACCACAUCUUCGAGGAGCAUUGUUAUAUUAAGAGACAACACAGUAUAACUUAUGUAAACCAGUCAACGCAGUGCGAUACAUUCAAGCCUCUAACUCUGAUGAAUGACUAUGACUCAAAUCUCUACACUGGGCUCCCUCUCCACACAUUUCAUACCCUUGUAGCUGUUCUGCGUCCCCAUGAGAAUCUGGCUUACCAGACUGAAAUUGAACAGCAAAUCUUGCUCACACUAAUGAAGCUGAAAUUAAACCUGUUGAUAGAAGAUCUUGCCAUUCGAUUCUGUAUAUCAGUGAGUCAAGUGAGCAGGAUAAUUUCUUUUUGGAUUGACACCAUGGCUGCAGUCUUGAAGGAACUGAUACCAUGGCUCCCCAAAGAAACAAUCAGGGCCACAACACCAGAGGCAUACAAGCAACAUUACCCUAAUGUUACCUGUAUCUUAGACUGCAGUGAAAGUGAAGUCCAAAGACCAGGGAACCUAGACUCAAGGUCUGAAUCAUACAGCCACUACUAUGCUUGCAACACCAUCAAGUAUUUAGUGGCUAUUGCACCAUGUGGUCUAGUAAUGUUUAUAUCUGCAGCAUAUGGGGGACGCUGUAGUGACAAAUUCAUCACGUGUGAUUCUGGCAUUCUCGAAUACCUCCAUCCAGGAGAUGAAGUGAUGGUGGACAGGGGUUUUUUGAUUAGAGACUUGUUGUUUGAAAGAAAAGUCAAUAUGAUAAUUCCUCACUUUGCCAACAAAAUGCAGCUAACAGAAGAAAAAGUCACAUGUAGCCGCAGGAUUGCAAAUGUAAGGAUACAUGUUGAACGUGCAAUUAGGAGACUGAAAGUAUACAAGGUGUUAUCACAAACCUUGCCUAUCACCCUUAUGCCAAAGAUAGAUAAAAUUCUGCGUAUAUGUGCAGCUUUAGUGAAUUUGCGUGGUGAUCUGAUCCGUGAAGCAGAUAAAUAA